AUGUACGUUUGCCUAGGAGAACCUCACGGGAGAUCAUCCGAGGCGCUACGCGAGCUUUUUGAGGAAAUUGCCAAGGAAGAAAGUGACUGUAGCAGUGCGAAGCGCGGAGGCGACCUGGGACCGUUCACGCGCGGCAAGAUGACCCCCUCUUUUGAAAAGGCUGCGUUUGCUCUUAAAGUUGGCGAACUCAGCGACUUGGUGGAGAGCGACAGCGGCGUCCAUGUCAUUCUCCGCAUCGCAUAA